UAAUUCUUCUUCUUCUUCUCUCUCUCUCUCUCUCCAAAUUCGCGGCUUCUGAUCGCUGAGAAUUCUCACAAACUAGCUUGUGGGUUUUGACUUUUCCAGAUUGGGAAAGAAAGUUUUCAGUUGAAACAUCGGAAACCAACUCUCAGUUCAUGAUCAUCGCGAACCUAGAAAAAUCUUGUUUUCUUUGUUAUCUGAAUGUCAAGUGGAGAUCAAUUGAAUUUGAUAUGGUGAGCUAUUGAGCCGGAUGAAGUUAUGAUGAUGCCAUCUCAUUACUGUAUUGUCAAGUAUGAACCUAAUUAGUUUGAUUUGUGUUCCUAUAUGAAUAUCUAUGUUUAUAGUAUCUUUUGCUUUAGGACAAUUGGAAAAUUGGGUGGGGGUUUUUCUUAUCUUUGACUCAUGUCUUUGUGAAAUCUCGUAGUGAACUUUGUGUUCUUUUUUCUCUGCAAUUAGAUAUUUGGUAUAAGCCUAAUAAUGAGACGAAGAUAGGAAGCGUGGAUGUGUUCAUCAUAUCUUGAUUCUUUUAUGUUAGCAAAUUGGUGUAGCUUUCUCUGUUAGUAAAUCUUCGUGUAUGGAGGGGUCCUUCAAGAUAAUUAUUCCUAUCAUAAAUUGGUGGAAAACAUUAAUACAGCUAUUACUGAGCUAAUGGCUUCAGAGGAAAUACGUGGAUUUUUGAACCUUGUGAUUGGUGAUUGGUGGUGUUUAGGACUUUGAAGCUCAUGGAUGGGGGUGAUGGUGGUAGUGGUUUCACGUGCAACAUUUGCUUUGAAUCUGCUGAUAAAGAUCCAAUUGUAACACCAUGUGGUCACCUUUACUGCAAGUCUUGUAUAUAUACAUGGCUCCAUGACCCAAGACAUGAAUCCAAGGGUUGUGGUUGCCCUGUUUGUAAUGCUGUUAUACAGGAAAACAAACUGAUUCCUCUGUAUGGAAUAGGGAAAUCACAGUUUUCGCAUCAAAAUUCUCGGUCUGCUCCUGAAGACAAUACUGACAGUCUAGAAAGGCCAGCUGGUCAGAAGUCUGCCACUACUUCAACUCCAAAUACACCAACUCCUUCAGCUCCUGAAUUGCCAUCUAAUCCAAGACCUGCGACUCCUUUGGCUCCGCCGUGGACAACUGAUGCAAGACCCACUCCUUCGGCUCCUGAAUGGGUGUCUUAUCCAAGACCUGACACUCCGUCAGCUCCUUCAUGGUCAACUGAUCCGAGACCUGCCACUCCUUCAGCUCCUUUAUGGUCGACUGAUCCAAGACCUGCCACUUCUUCAGCUCGAAACUCUCCUACUGAUCAAAUACUUGCCACUCCUUCAACUGCCGAAAUCAUUCUACAACACAUUGGUAGGCUGUUAAUACGUGUGGGACACUACAUGCUAGUGAGGUUAAUAGAAGUUGCCACAGAUAAGCUCAUUGAAGCUGUAGAAACAAAAAUCAAUGAGCUGAAUGAGGCAGUAGAACAGAGGAACAAUGCUAAUGCAGAAGGAAGUGGAAAUGAUACUGUAUCAAGUGAAGAGGUUGAAGUGACGGAUACAAAUGGAGAAGCAGGCAGUCUGGACCCCUGGGUUCUGUUCAAUUAACUUAGGGAUUCAUAAUGUUCAUUGAGAGACAGGAAUGUAAGAGACCAAGAUCCCAGUCCAGGGGGGUUGUAGCUCUCGCUAUUUUGCGUUUGAUAGUGAUUCUGAACCUUUGUUAAACUAUAUAUCAGGUUGCCGAGGAGAAACUUGCUUAUCAUUGUUACAAGUCUUCGCUGUUGGAUGAAUGAAUUAACUUAACUUGCCUUGGCUUAUCUUUCUGAACCUUAACAACUGAAAGCGGAAUUGUAUGAAUGAAUUCUACUUUGAUUAUAUUCU